CAUUAUCGCUCGGCUUCUCAAGGUUUUCCAGUCAUGGAGGUCGCCACCACUGCCUCCACCUUCUCGCUUACUAAGCGAAUAUCGCCGUUAAUUGCUUCUUCCCAUCAUCGAAAAUCUACCCGAACCAUGUCCUUUUCGCCCUCCUCUCUCAGAACCAAGCCACUUUCUACUAAUUUUCUCAUCCCAUUCGUCGGAGGGAGUGUUUCCGGGGACUUUUCAGGCCUGAAGCUCCGGCCGUCCUCUCUUAAUCCGGAUUCUUUCCGUGGAUCCAAGGGCAAGCGGGGCGUUGUUACUAUGGUUAUUCCAUUUUCAAGGGGAAGUGCAUGGGAGCAACCUCCUCCAGAUUUGGCAUCUUAUUUAUACAAGAAUCGAAUUGUUUACUUGGGCAUGUCUCUUGUCCCUUCUGUCACGGAGUUGAUACUUGCUGAAUUUCUUUACCUUCAGUAUGAGGAUGAAGAAAAGCCUAUAUAUCUCUACAUUAACUCCACAGGAACAACAAAGGGUGGUGAGAAAUUGGGCUAUGAGACUGAAGCAUUUGCAGUAUAUGAUGUUAUGAGGUAUAUUAAGCCUCCUAUAUUCACAUUAUGCGUUGGUAAUGCUUGGGGAGAAGCAUCACUUCUUUUGUCAGCUGGUGCUAAGGGAAACCGUUCUGCAUUGCCCUCAUCGACAAUAAUGAUGAAGCAGCCAAUUGCAAGGUUUCAGGGUCAAGCAACAGACGUUGAGCUUGCUAGAAAAGAAAUACGAAAUGUGAAGGUAGAGCUGGUUAAGCUUUAUGCGAAGCAUAUCGGAAAGUCGCCUGAGGAGAUCGAAGCUGAUAUUAGGCGGCCAAAAUAUUUUAGUCCCAGCGAAGCAGUUGAAUAUGGUAUCAUAGAUAAGGUGAUAUACAAUGAAAGAAGCACCGAAGACCGGGGGGUUGUAUCUGACCUGAAAAAAGCGCAAUUGAUUUAGAAAAAUGGAUUGCUCAUUACAAGGAAUACCAAGAUUGAAGUUUGGACAAAUAGUGGAAUCUGAGAAGUGAACUGAAAUCUGGAAUCCUGAAUUUGUUGCGCUGCGGAAGUUUCUGAAUUAUAAUACUUCUGUAGAACAAUGCUACAAAAAGGAAAACUGAUGAGCAUUUACUGAUGUUGCUCAAUCUUCAACCAAGAAAUUCUUACCUUUUAUUUGCCAAUCUGUUGAAUCUUAAAGAUUUGGUAAUGUGCAGUGCAAAUUCUUCCAUCUUUCUCGUAUUGAGGAAACAUGCUUUCGAA